AUUUUGGAGCCUCUGUCUCUGCCAGAAAGUCCAGGUGGUGUUGCUGCUGUAGAAAGUUCUCCCUAUGUGCCUUGUAUUUUCUGCGGAGAAUGCCAUCUCCUAGCAGAACAAAGCCAGCUCCUGAAGCACAUGAUUAUUGAACACAAGCUCAUCAUAGCAGAUGUGAAACUGGUUGCAGAUUUUAGAAGCUACAUCUUGUACUGGAAGAGGAGAUUUGCAGAACAGCCUAUCACAGACUUUUGUAGUGUGAUAAGAACAAAUUCGGAAGCUCCAUUAGAAGAACAGGACAAUUAUUUUCUUCUAUGUGAUGCUUUGCCAGAAGACAGAUUACUUAGAGAGCAGCUUCAGCAAAAGAGACUGAGAGAAAUUCUAGAACAGCAACAGCAGGAGAGAUAUGACACAAGUUUUCGUAGUAUGUGUAUGUUCUGUGAUCAAGAAUUCACAGGAAACAGAUCUGUCCUUCUCAAUCAUAUGGCAAGAGAACAUGCUUUUAACAUUGGGCUGCCAGAUAACAUUGUGAAUUGCUGUGAGUUUUUGGCUGUAUUACAGGAGAAGCUAGACAAUUUGCAGUGUUUAUACUGUGAAAAAUUCUUUAGAGACAAAAACACACUUAAAGAUCACAUGAGAAAAAAGCAGCAUCGCAGAAUUAAUGCCAAAAACAAAGAAUAUGACAAAUUUUAUAUCAUUAAUUACUUGGAAUUUGGAAAGUCCUGGGAGGAAGUGCAGUCAGAGGACGACCGGGAAUUACUUGAUAACCUAGAAGAAGACUGGUCUGACUGGGAAGAGCAUCCUGUAUGUGCAGUUUGCCUGUUCUGUGAACAACAAGCAGACACUACAGAAAAACUGUAUGUUCACAUGCAGAAAUCACAUGGAUUUGACUUUCCUAAAAUAAAGUCAGAGCACGGUCUGAACUUCUAUCAGCAAGUGAAGCUAGUGAACUUCGUCAGAAGAGAAAUCCAUCAUCGUCGUUGCUACAACUGCCAGGAGAAAUUUCAGUCCAAAGGAGAAUUGAUAAAUCAUAUGGAAGAGACCAAACACAUUACAUUCCUGCCAGCCAGGUCUACAUGGGAUCAACCACAGUAUUAUUUUCCUACCUAUGAAAAUGAUACACUCCUGUGCACUCUGACAGACAGUGAAGAUGUGAUAACUGAGGAUCAAAGUGAAGAAGUCCCUGUUGUAAGUGAAGAUAUAGCCAAUCUAAAAGCUCUCAAGCAGAGCAGUAUUUUAAACCAGCUCCUGUGUAAAGAGAACAAAAGUCAGAAGAAAUUUUGACCUUGAAGGACAGUUGUUGACUUUUGAGUGUUUCUUCUUCAAGACAAAAACAAUACAUUCUUACACUAAUAUUGGAAUACAGUUUAACUAUUACAUAUUAUUAGCACUGGGCAAAUAUUGUAUGAAAGUGAAUGCUAAAUAAAAUUUGUGUUUGAACUU